AUGCCACGAAAGUCUGUGAACAAUCUUUGUGUUCUCAGACUUCCGGUGAGAGACUACGCAGAACUCUCCAAAGGCUUCCGUACACAAAGCGGUGUCCGUCAAUGGUACCCACCCUUUCCAUAUCUGUCUAAUUUCGUGAUCGAUGAAAUAAAGACGAUGAAGGAACUAAAAAACCUACCGCGACAAUGUCAUAACUUGAAAACAAUGGACUAUGUGAACCUUCGGAAUUAUCGUCAUGCUGACCCUCUCAAGGUCAAGCAAGUUUGGGAUACCAUUGGUUCAGUGAAGGGUCAACGCUUGGUUAUUCCAACGGAAAAAUUGGUAAAAUCUUUACGGAAACAGUUUGGCUUGAAGGACGAUCAAAUCCGCUUACUUCUGGACGAGAUUGAGGGUGAUAGCCUGAUAGAAAAAGUUGGUUCAUCAUUUGGAAAAGGUGGACCUGCAGGCUAUAGGCUCCCAGAUUUUAGCAGACCAUGUUCCAGGAGCAAGCAUGACUGGUACUGCUUUCAGUGCCACAGGCCCGGAGAAGUACUGAAGUGUUCCGAUUGUUUCCGAGUUUAUCACGUCGAUUGUGCAAACGAAGCAUCUAAACUUUCCAGCCCAAGUGGGAAAUCACUCCGAUCUCCCACACUACAUGAUGGUCUCUUCGAUGACUUUAGCUGCGCCGUUUGCGAAUCCCGACCGAAAUGCGAAUUUUCCAGGAAGCAGAUACGAAAACUCUUGGAAUUCGCUACACAUCACCUUCGGAAACAGCCUCUCUGGAAAACUUUUCUUCAUAUCGGUUACCCAAAUGAAAUCAACAAAAAUGAAUAUCUUGUAUAUAAGUACACUGACUUGGAACUACUCCAGCGCAAAAUCAAGGAUGGUCGUUAUGCUGCUCUUGAGGAAUUUUCCAUGGAUGUACAGCUGCUUGUGCACAAUGUGUGCAUUCUGCACGGACCGUUUAGUAGCGAGGCGGAUGAAGUUCGCUUUUUUCUACGUUCAGUAAAUGCAGAGCUGAUUGAGAUUCAGCUUUGUACGGAUUGCUACAUCAACGCUAAAACUCGCCUUACUGACUGGAUCAGUAAACCAUGUAAACCACCGCAUGAGCUCAUAUGGGCAUGCAACCGCACUUCUGCGGGUGCCGGUAUAUUCAAUGAUUCGAUCAACAUUUCUUCCUACUUUUGGCCCGCAAAGGUGCUUUUGGAGCGGGAUGAUGCGUACGAGGUCCGUUUCUUUGGAGGCACACAUGAACGCGCCGUGGUUAAGAAAUCCAACACGCGUCCAUUUCAUCUCCCGGCCGAUGAAAUCGGCGUUCUCCGUCGAACGGGCACGUAUGCGGGGUGUGGGUUUGAGCGCGCUUGGAAUGAGGUAACCAAACUUCAGGGAAAUAUCGAGAGUGGCUACUACACACACUCUUCAGGUGAGAGUGAUUUGCCUCCAUCUGAAGAUGAGUACUCGGAUGAGGUGUAUCUUGCUCCCCGACGAGGAACAAUGAAUACUUUCUCCAAGGGUGCGCGUACCGAGAGUCCACGAUCAUCCUCCACUUCAAAUCAGUUUAAAAGAAGCGCAACACCCACGAUAGACGAACCUCCGCCCGUUCGGCAAACCUCUUCAUCUCGCGUAUCCAAAGCUUUCAAUAAAUCCUCCAAAACCCGUCCACUAGAGACCACAGUUCUCUCGAGCCCAAACUACAACGACAAAAAGAGAUAUCCCUCCAAACUUCCAAUGCCUGUUGCACAACCUGGUACCCCGGGAGCUGCUGCAAUAUCUGCACUGGCUGAAACAAAGGCAGCAAUGGCUGCUGCAGUCGGAUCUAGUCACAAAUCAUCCGCUACAUUGACGGCUGAUUUGCUCAGUUUGACCAACAAGCAUGACUCCUCGGUUGGUCUCAAAUCACCGUUGUCACCAAAUUCGAGAAGGCCUUCGAAGGGUGUGCGAGGUCGCAGGGGACCAGGCCGGCCACCGAAACGUGAUAGCAUUCUUCGUCGACCCGUUCGCAGGAAAACAUCCAGUUCGCCAUCCAGCUCUCAUUCAUCAAGAAGCAUAUCCCCUGUCUCUUCUAAUAGUGACUCAGAAUUGGCAAAUGGUACUGACAAUCGCGUGAGUUCCAGUUUGAGUGAUGAUUCGGAGAACAACUGGCACCCAAAGAAAAACUUCUCGACGAAAUGGGAGACCCCGAAAAAAACACGAGGCGGAAUAAAAUCUCGAGGUCCCAAGGCUCGUACUAGUGAAGUCAGUCGAGUUGCUACUGAGAAUUCCGACGUCAGUCGUUGGCAUGAAUUGGCGGGGCUGAAACCGAAACCAUUGAGGUACUUCCUACCACUAUUCAUUGUUCACCAGAGUCCUGGUCGUGGUCGUCCUCGUUCUCGACAUUUAAAGCAUUACGCCUCUGUCGACGGUACUGGUCGUAAGCGACUGGCAGCACAAAACAAAGAAUCGGUUUUCGGCUCGUCCGUCAAAAAAUCCAAGAGAACUUCCGAUAGUAUUGACAAGUUCGGUGAUCGCCAUGAUGAAGAUGACGAAUUAACUGACCGCUGCUGUUCACCUGCCCUUAGCGUGGGUUCUCCAGGAAUGUCUGCGCGUCACCACAAAGGUCACAGGCGGCAAACCACUCCAAUCCACAGUCCCGAUGUGCCUCCCUUCACCCACUCAUCUCCUGGUCGAAAAGGUGCCAACGUAAGUUGCGGUUCUCUGUCCACUAAACAUUCUCCAACGAAACGACCCAACGAUGUCACUCCCAAGCGUCGCUCAUCGCCCUCCAGUAAUUUCAGUUCGUGCAGCUCGCCUUCGACCUCAGAAGCUGACAGUGAUAGUGGUUUCGCUAACCGACGCCGAACGUUGACAGGCAAGGUUGCUGAAGAUGACCGCAAAUUCCGGUGUCCAACCAGGAGUGGCUCGAAUAACAAGGAAGGCCGGCUGUCUGGGACAAGUAGUACUAUGUUGCGACGGCCCCCGUUUGCCCCACCUCUUAGUAAUUCGAGUACAGAUACUGGACGUGGGGGCUCAGCAGUACUGAAUUCUGACCGCGCUUCAUUAUCAGCUGCGACCAACCUGUUUCCUUCUCACCACGCAACUGGAAAUCUCGACCAUACAAGCUCACACAGCACUUCUCAUUCCGCCACGCUAUCAGUUACAACCCAGCUAGCUGGGUCUGUCUCAUCGGGUAAUAUUGUUAGUAACAAUUCUGUUAGCACAACGGGACUCAACAGCCUACAGGGACAAUCAGCUGGUAUGUCUAGUCUUCCUCGAUCACAUCUGCCUCCUAAUAAACGUGCUGCUGCUGCUGCGAACGCUGCAGCUAUGAACCGAACUGGGAACGGACUUCCCAACGAAACAGGAGUUCAUCCUAAUCAGUCCAUUUCUCCCCGUGGGAUGGACGGUGUUCCGGCCGCCUCCUCGAAGAAAUGCAACAGCAGAGGCGUUCAGACCACCCCUCAAACCUGUUUGGAAUGCAAGGAUCGCGAAACUCAACGGCUGGCCGAACAGUCUGAGCACAAGCGUACCCUACAAGAAUUAGAAGACCGUUUGACUUUACAGUUCCGAGAGGAGAAGGCUGCGGCAGUUCAAGCUGCUGUGGAACAAGCCCAAACUUCUCUUCGUGAAUCGAUGGAACGUGAGAAAAAGCUCGAUCUUGAGGCUGCUGAAGCACGCUUCUCGGAAAUUAUUGUACAAACCAAGCGGCGACAGUGUUUGGUCCUUACGGAUGCUAAUAGUCCGAUCCGAUCGGUGGUUCUGCAAUUACCUGAAAUUGAGGGCACUGGUUUGGAGGAGAUGACGAAACCUUCAGAGCCAACAUCGACUACCCAACAGCAUCAAACAAAGAGCAAAAGACCUCCACUCCUGGAGGACUCGUUUGAUGUGGCUCCGUCUGGUUUGCGCUUCUGUUUCGAUCGAGAAUGCUUUCUUAACGAUGAGUUCCACUCGGAUGCAUUCAUUCUCACUGAAGAGCGCCGUGGGGCUUCAUUGGAAAAUCUGCGCGACAGUCUACUUCAGUAUUCCAAUAUUUUAAAGUCAAGUUUGGUGGAACUGAUCAACCAGGAUUAUGCGGACUUUGUCAACCUGUCCAGCAAUCUAGUCGGUCUGGAUAAAGCGAUAGACAACAUUGCCAUGCCGUUGCAGGAAUUCCAAGCCUCGGUUUUGGCUGUGAUUGCUGAGCUGGAUGCAGUGGAACAAGAGCUGACUGUGAAGCUUCAGGAACGUCAAAAGUUGCGCGACAAAAAGGACUUGUUAAACAGUUUGAAUACUAUGGGUGAAUGUGUCACUCGACUCGAACGUUGGCUCACCGCGCAAGCUACAGAUAGCUUCGCGAACGAGAAACGAACUUGUCCGAAUCAUGGUAAACAAGGGGAUGCUUUGGACGCCGAACUUUCAGAAGAUAAUUCCUUUGACUGGCCGACUGAAUUCACCGCGGAUUUCUCUCUACAAGAGGAUCCGGGGCAACGCAUUGAGAGGGUCGCUACAGAAUACAUCAAGCUCCAAUUUUUCGCCAGAAAGUGUCAUGACCAUCCGAUCGUUCAGUGCAUGAAACCGCGAAUCCAGUGGAUCACAUCUGUUCUGCAAGAGCAAUUGGAGUCACGUCUCAAAGCCGCCCUAGAUGUGGCCCAACUCACAAGCAGUUCAAGCGAACAGGUCGUCGUGUCCAAACAUGCGGGCGCAUUGCUCCGUCAGGCGCUUUCCACCUAUCUGAUGAUUGACAAGCUGUCCGAUUUUGUACAGCUUUAUCGUCAGUAUUCUGUACGCCCGAAGUUAUCUAAGCUUGCAUCUCUCGCUCACAUCAAUUUACUAUUCGAAUAUGGGUUUGCUUCUCCUGUCCAGAUAUUUACUCCCCGUCCCGAGCUCCUUACACGGGGAUCGGACACCAAUAAAGCCGUGGCCACUCUGGACGGUAUGUACACUGAGGCUCUAAAGGUCUUGUCACAUCAACUUGAUAUUCUGCAUCAACUCAGCUUCCACCGGUCCUCGGAGAGCUACGAUCCUCUGGCUGAAUUUGACUGCCUGGUGGAUGGAUUUUGGCCGGAAACGGUAGAUUUGCUUUGCACUCAUCUCUCUGACAUGUUCGAUCCUGGAGACCCGGACAGAUUUUUCGAGCUCUACGUUGUGAGUCAGAAAUUCAUCUCGAAACUGGAGGCAAAAAUCCUAUCUACCAAACAACUGGAUUAUUUUCGAAACAGUCCUGCCUACAACCAGUUCGCAAGCAAAUGGAGUCUACCAGUUUAUUUUCAGAUACGGUUCCAGGAAAUUGCUGCGAAGGUUGAGACUGUCAUGCGAGACGAAUUAGCAUUGGCGAAGAAUAGCUCACAAGGCUGCCUCCUAGAAGUGACCGAUGCAUUACUCACUCAAGUUCAACGGUGCUGGAAACAAGGCGUCUAUCUACACAGCCUGAAACAUCGAUUCUUCAGGUUGACGCUACAGCUACUUAGUCGCUAUGCUACCUUUGUCGUGAAUCGUUCAAAUGAAAAAGGAAUCCCUGAUGCUCAGUCAUCAUGUUUGGAUUCUGUGGAGCAGUCGAUUUACCUGCUGGUCGACGUCCAUCGUGUAGCCACCUACGCGACUUCUGAAUUACCUACCCUGAUCCGACCAGCUUUGGGUCAUAUUCGGAACGAAUCAACGACGGACAAUGAUCUCCCCCUGUGGCUUACUGACUGUUUAGCCGAAACGGCAGAACAGCUUUUUGCAGCAGCCAAACCACUCGGUGAUGGUGUACUUGCACAAACAGAGCAAUCCUCUUUGUCGGUCAGUCGGAUGAUUUUGGAUAUCCCGCGUCAGUAUCGACGGACUAACAGGACCCUACCAAAUGCAGCAUCUGCGUAUUUAGCCGAGAUGAUUGCCCCUCUCCGUCGUGUCUCCGACCUUAGUGCAACAGUCUCGUGUGCAGGUGUCAAUGAUACAUUGGCUGAAUUGGUUCGUCAGUGCAUUGCCAAGGUGUCCGGAGCUUACCUUGGUCAGUUGACAGAAGUGCUAAAUGCGGUCAAGAAAAUGGAGGACAGCUUGCGGAAGCUGCGGGAAGUUCGACGUGGUGGUGGCUCGACCUUUGUCAACCAGUCGGGACCUCCCGGCAACGGCACUUAUUCCGAUGAUGACAAAAUUCGACACCAGCUGUACUUGGAUGCAUGUGCUUUUCGUGACCAGGUUGGUUCUCUCUGGGGAGCUAACGCCGAAUCUAUGGAACGACUUCAGAAGAUCGUGGAACUCACACAAUACGCUAAGACGGAGGGAUCGACCAACACAUGAUGGAACAGCUACCUUAACAUCAAUGUAUUCGCACUGUGAUAUUUUACCCGGUUACUUGUCACUAAAAUGAAUUCUAUCUUUCAAUGCACUUUUAUUGGUUAUAAUGAAUCACUAAGAAAGGGCAGAUAACUAUGUACAAUUCAGUACCUAGAAGCAUCAUGCAGCGGCCCGCUGGUACUCGAAUUUCUUGGGUUCCUCAUCAGUUUUAGCUUCCCCAGCAGAAGUGAGGGGAUUCUCGGUGCUGAUAUCUCCAGACAGAUGUUUCACAGUCACAGCGUCUGAACUACCACUCCCGAUCAGAGCAACCACGCGACGGCGAGCCUCCUCUGGAAGCUCCCCCAGGUAGUUCACGCCAGAAAUAAAUAACUUGGGCAGGUGUUCCUCCAGCAGCAGACAAACCAGCUCCUUAUCUUCCAUCGUUGGAUUGUUGUGUACCAGGAGGUGGCGAAGGUUUCUGUAAUUAGGGAGAGAUGUUUGUUAAUGCACAUUCUUGCUUAUUGAUAUUUCCAUCUAGUGUCGGAAAGUCUACUUUCCUUCACACCGGGUCAGGCAGAAUUUCAGACAUUUGGGGUUCCGCUCAAUGCUUUAUAGAGUAAAGUUGGAGCCAUAACUCUACGACUUGUUAUGGGGUUCAGAAGCACAAUGUUAAAUUUCUU